AUGCCUCUCCUCUCUUGCGCCGCCCCUCCUCAUUUCUUCUUCCUCAUUUCUCCUUCUUUCUCCAUUUCCGCUUCUUUCUCGUUCUUCCUUUCACCUCUAAAAGCAAUGACAACAACAAGUGAAUCUCAAAACCCAACACCCUCGAAUCGUUACCCAGCGAGAAGCAUUCACAACUCCGUUUCUCACGCUCGAAAUCUAAAAGGGUCUCGCACUACUCUGCCGUGGGUCGUGAUCGCUAAAGACGGGAUUUGGCCAGAAAACAGCGGCGUUAAAAGGCUUUUCGAGAAAAUAAAGUAUCAGCGACGAUUCGGCACGAUGGUUCAUCAACUAUGUCAACAAAUCGCAGAUAAGUGCUCUUGUCUUGAGUGUGUUUUGAGCUUUGUGAGUGUUGAGGGGAAACAACGUGAAUGGCAUUUAUCUUCUUGCUGA